AUAGAAUCUGUGUUGUUUUUGUCAAAAAGUGAAAACAAAGAUGGCGAAUGCUUGGACCCAAUUUCAACCAUGGCAAAAUCAACCCUUACCACCAGGGUGGGAGGCUAGAUAUGAUGGAAACAUCGGAAGAUACUACUUUAUUGAUCACACCACACACAAGACAACAUGGGAGGACCCCAGGUUAAAGAGGCAGGAGGCCAUUCCUCUGACUUCGUUUAAGGGAUCAUCACGUAAUAAAGGAGCUUCAAAUCAGUCGGAAACCAACUUUGGUGGUGGAAGCUCUUCCCAAGCAGCUUCAUCUUCACGACCUACAGCAGUAAAGAAAGUGACUGAGCCUAAGAAACCUCAGCGUCCAGCCAGUCUUACAGAUGACGACUUCCCCGUGGACAAUAUCCUGUCACAGAUGCUGAAGGAAGACAAGAGUGAACAGGAAAAAGAAAACGUGAAAAGGAAAUUAGUCCAGGAGUUUCCAGGUGUUGAUGAUGUUGUCAUUGAUGUUGCUCUUCGUUCUGCCAAGUACGAUGAAAGGAGAGCCAGGGAAGUGAUAAAGAAACUAAAAGGUGAUGAUGACAAAAAGAAAGGACCUGGAAAAGGAAAGAAACAGACAGCAACGAAACCAAAAGCAGCUGUCUCUUCAACUGAACAACUCAAUAAACCCAAGGGUAAAGCUACCACUACCGCAGCUAAGGCCAAAUCCACCAGUCAGGAGCUUCAUGUCAAGGCUACACCCACUUCACCCACACCCCAGCCUGCACCCCAACCAAAACCCCAACCUGCUGUCAAGUCUCCAUCGCCUGCUCCAGCCAAGGUGAGGGUAUCCGCAGGUACUAUCCCUGGACCCGAUGGGCAGUCAGGCAUGAGUCCACGGGGAGCAGCAAGGUCAACCCAAGCACAACCGAAGAUGGUGUCACCUAGAGCCAAUCAAUCUUACCACUCCUCCCUUCGAUGUGUGCCCAGUGGACCCAACCCAGCAAAUGCACAGGGACCCAACCCAUUGAUGCUUCUGCCUGAGUGGGUCCAGCCAGAAGGACCGCAGAGGGCUAAUUAUGUGGGUCCUCAGCGAAGCAAUGUUCAGGGACCUGCAAGGCAACCCUCAAACGGGAAAAUGCCCUUGAAUUGUGGUGCUCAAGCAAGCAAUCAUCAAGGAUCGAACAUAAACUUGGUUCAUGGAUCAGUUUACCCCCAAACUACUAUGUUGUGAAGCUUUGAAAAGCUAAUUUAAUAGUGUUUGUUUCAGUCGCUAAAGCAGCGUUAGAAAAGGGUAACAAACUACUGAUUUAUCAACCUCUAGUUAAAAAUUGUGUUACGAGGUCGAGAUUUCUAUCACCUGAUGGCUAAUGAGGGUUAAGCUUGAAUCAAGUAUUACAUAUUUAAAUCGAGAGUGCAUAAUUUGCUUUUUUCCUAAUCUUCUAGUCGUUAAAAACGUAACAACAAGACAAGUUAUAAAACUGUAAAAGCGAACGAUAAAAUCCGACGUUUAGGAGUAGUCAUGACUCCAUUAUCAAGGAAAAUAUAAAAGAUCAUGCAAAUUGCAGCAUAUAAAGCGUUUUUGGCAAGACAAGUUCAUGCUUUUAUUAUAAUUUUCUUACAAACACACAACGUUAGGCAACCCACUAUCUAUUACGGACUGUAGUAGACAGCAAGUAACGCAGCCAAUCAGAUUGCAGCUUUUGUGAUAGAACUCAAGAAAAUUUAUCCUCAUGGUCAUUAAUGAUUACGUGAAGGUGAGACCCUUGUUUUCUGCUAAGUGGUCUCUCUCCGAUAGAAGUGUAAUGAAAACUUAACCAAAACAACUGUACCUAAAUAAAAUAUGAGUUAUCUUGACUCUAUAAAUAA